GGGCCCGGCUUGGCGCGGCAGCUGCGGACGGCGCUGCGGGAGGGCCGUGGAGGAUCUGCUGUGCCGCGGCGCCGACCCCAACCUGCUGCUCCCGGACGGCGCGGCGGCCAUGCACCUGGCGGCCCGAGCGCGGCGCCCGCGCGACCUGCGCUGCCUCGGAGCCCUGCUGCGGGGCGGCGGGGACCCCAACGCCCGGUCGGCCGAGGGGCUGACGCCGCUGCACGUGGCCGCUGCCUGGGGCUGUCGUCGUGGCCUCCAGCUGCUGCUGAGCCAGGGAGCCGACCCGGCUCUGCGCGACCAGGAUGGGCUCCGCGCGCUGGACCUGGCCGUGGAUCAGGGACACCAGGACUGCGCGAGUCUCCUGCGCGUGCUGGAGACAUGGACCCCGACCCCGGCGGAGACGCAGGAGCCCAGGCCCAAGUCGAAGCCAGGCGCCCCUGCUCCAGGCCCAGCACCCAGGAGGAAGCAGCUGGACAUGGGCCUCUCUGGACCUCCCCAAGUGACCCUGCACUCCACAGUGCUCCAGGCCCCGCUGGACCAAGGGGACGGCAGGGCUAGGGGCCUGGAGGCAGGACUGGAAGUCCCCAGCCUCCCUGCUCCCCAAGAGCUUGCCACUGAGGAUGGGAGCUCCCAGUGCCCCCCAGAGCUCUGGGACAGCAGCUCCGACGCCCCCUUUCUCACAGCGAUCGAGGUCUCUGGAGCCGAGGACCCUGCCCCCAACACCUCCCGCAGUGCCGAGACCACACAGGGGUUCCCUCCGGGUGUCUGUCCCACCCAGGGGUCUCCGGGCACCUCACAGGUGGUGCAUCGAGCUGGAAUUCUGGGCAGAGAGGCUGAACUGAACGCCCGCCUGCAGGCCCUGACAUUGGCCUCGCCAGAUGCCCAUGGCUCUGAGCCCUCGCUCCUCUUGGACAGGUGCCCAGCCCACAGCCCCCCACGGGAACUGGUACCUGGGCCCCCCGACUUCCUCUUCCUGACAGACGACGAGACGUCCAUCGACAGCGACGUGGCCGCCCUCUGGCUGACCAAGGAUGAGGGCAGGGACCCCGUCCCUCCCCGCUGGCACCCGCCAGAUCCCCCCAGGUCUAAUCUGGAGCUGCCGCAGUGUCUCCGGACGCUCGGGGAGCGCUCUGGCCUCGUUGUGCCCUUGACCCGCUGGGACCACCUCCAGUGGCUGGAAGAAGCCGGAACUGCUCCUGGCCCAGACUUUUCAGGGCACAGCCCAGAGCUGGCUGAGGCGCUACGGACCGGCCGUAUCCCGGACGCCCAGGCAGACGAGGAUACGCUUGCCCGGCAGUUUGAAUGGCCUGAUCCCACCAGGCGGUGGCGGGAGGGGGUCGUGAAAUCCAGCUUUACCUACCUGCUGCUGGAUCCCAGGAAGACUCAGGACCUGCCAUCCCGAGCACUCACACUGACCCCAGCUGAACGCCUCCAGACUUUCGUCCGCUCCAUUUUCUAUGUGGGCAAGGGGACCCGGGCCCGGCCAGAUGCCCACCUCUCGGAGGCACUGGGCCACUGUGGGCAGCCAGGAAAACAGGCCUGCCCCAAGCUGAGCCGGAUCCUGGACAUCUGGGCCAGCGGCCAUGGCGUCGUCUCUCUGCACUGCUUCCAGCACGUGGUCGCCGUGGAGGCCUACACGCGGGAGGCUUGUCUGGUGGACGCGCUAGGCAUCCAGAUGCUGACCAACCAGAGACAAGGGCACUGCUACGGAGUGGUGGGGGGCUGGCCGCCCACCCGGCGCCGGCGUCUGGGGGUGCACCUGCUGCACCGUGCCCUCCUGGUCUUCCUGGCCGAGGGCAAGCGAGAGCUGCGGCCCCAGGACAUCCAGGCCCGCAGCUGAGUGCUGGGGGACCGGUCACCCCAUGCAAAGAGCAGCCCUCUUGUCCCGCUGCAGAAGGUAGAUCAUUUGUUACAGGCAGAACCAUUGCGGGAGGUGAUUUGGAACAUUCCAGUGCUUGGCUGUCUGGUCCACUUUUAUCUCAAGCUGGACUCACUUUGUAGGAUGGACUGGGGGCCUUCUCGGAAACACAUACCAGGAAUCUGCCCGGCCCGAGUGCUGGUUCUGCCGCCCCCAGCUCUGAGACCCCAGAGCAGAAGCUUACCUGUGUGAGCCUCGGUUUCCUCAGCUGUGCAAUGGGGCAGCGAGAUGUCCUACCUCAGGGAUUGUGGAGGAUUAAAUGAAGUCAUGUGGGCCACACUGGGGCUCAGACCCCGGCACUGAGCCAAAGGUGUCCCCGUGGCCUGGCCAGAAAAUUUCCCAGGGAAAGGGAAGUGGGGGCGCCUUCCAAGGGGCAGACCAUGUCCCAAGUUGCGUGAGUGGGGUUACUGGUGAUGGGGUGGUUGGGACUUCAGGAUUGCGGUGAAGCUGAACCCCUUUCUUCCACCACAAGGCGGGGUUCACCCCAAAUUCCCAACCAUGUUCUGAGACUUCAGCCCGUUCCUGUGUACACAGAGCUUCAGUAAACCCAAGCUCCCCCCGCCUCGGGAGGUGUGACUGCCCAGUUGGGGACGAAUCAUUUAAACUUUCUAGAAGUUUCUUCUUCAAAGCAGCCCAGUGGGUUCUCAACCUGCCCGUUGUCCAGCUUGGCAAAGCAGGUCCCGCAGCGGGGGGUUGUGAGUUGGGCACCUGCCCAGGACCCCCCACUGCUGAUCACCCCCCACCCAGCAGCUGCCCCAGGGGGCCCCCAGCACCAUAGUUAGCCUCUGGGGUGGGCCCACAGUCUCCAGCUUGUCCUCAGCUUGAGUGACCUCUCUCUGAGCUUUCGCUCCCCCCCAGACAUCAAUUCUUCUUAUAAAGCAAGAGCAAUUAAAGGAGCAUGGCAAAGGAGAGGCUAGGCCUCCCUAUGGUUGUGCCUAAGAGUCUCCUCCCGAAUGCCUCUUUGUUGCUCAGAUGUGGCCCUCUCUCUCUGGCUAAGCCAACUUGAAAGGUG